CUCAAAUGUCACCCCAGACUAGCUUCAUUUCAAUCAGUUAUCCAAUAAAAUAGAAAUAGAAUGCCAUCCGAUGUCAAGAAGCGCGAUGCCCAGCGCAAGAAGGAGGCGCGCAACAAGAAGAUCCAGCAGAUACCCUCCAUGAAGAAGAAUCUACCCUCCAAGCAGCCGGAAUGCGAGCUGACUGAGGAGGAGUUGCUGUGCGCCAAGCUGGAGGAGGAGGCCCGGAUCAGUGCCGAGGCCCGCUCCUGCACCGGCUCGCUGGCUGUGCAUCCCAAUUCGCGGGACAUCAAGAUCGCCAACUUUUCGAUCACGUUCUUUGGCGCCGAGCUGCUGCAGGACACCAUGCUGGAGUUGAAUUGCGGCAGGCGGUACGGUCUCAUUGGGCUGAACGGGUGCGGCAAGUCCUCGCUGCUGGCGGUGCUCGGGGGACGCGAGGUGCCCAUACCGUCGCACAUCGACAUCUUUCAUUUGACGCGCGAGAUGCCGGCCAGCUCGAAGACGGCGCUGCAGUGCGUCAUGGAAGUGGACGAGGAGCGUAUUAAGCUGGAGAAGCUGGCCGAGGAGCUGGCCAUGAGCGACGAGGACGAGGCGCAGGAGCAGCUGAUCGACAUCUAUGAGCGGCUGGACGACAUGUCGGCCGAUCUGGCCGAGGUCAAGGCCGCCCGCAUCCUGCACGGUCUGGGCUUCGACAAGGCCAUGCAGCAGAAGCAGGCCAAGGACUUCUCGGGCGGCUGGCGCAUGCGCAUCGCCCUGGCCCGCGCAUUGUUUGUGAAGCCCCAUCUGCUGCUGCUGGACGAGCCGACGAAUCAUUUGGAUCUGGACGCGUGCGUCUGGCUGGAGGAGGAGCUGAAGACAUACAAGCGCAUCCUGGUGCUUAUCUCGCACUCGCAGGACUUUCUUAACGGCGUCUGCACCAACAUCAUCCACCUGACCGGCAAGCGGUUGAAGUACUACACCGGAAACUACGAGGCCUUCGUGCGCACUCGCACGGAGCUGCUGGAGAACCAGAUGAAGCAGUACAACUGGGAGCAGGACCAGAUGGCCCACAUGAAGAACUACAUCGCCCGCUUUGGCCAUGGCUCCGCCAAGCUGGCCCGUCAGGCUCAGUCCAAGGAGAAGACCCUGGCCAAAAUGGUUGCCCAGGGGCUAACGGAAAGGGUUUCGGGGGACAAGUUGCUUAGCUUUAGCUUCCCAGCCUGCGGCAAGGUUCCGCCCCCGGUGAUCAUGGUGCAGAACGUGCACUUCCGUUACACCGGCGAAACACCGUGGAUCUACAAGGACCUGGAGUUCGGCAUCGAUCUGGACACGCGUCUCGCCCUAGUGGGACCCAACGGCGCCGGCAAGUCAACCCUGCUGAAGCUGCUCUAUGGCGAUCUGGUGCCCACCUCGGGCAUGAUCCGCAAGAACUCCCAUCUGCAUCACCAGCAUCUCCACGAGCUGCUCGACCUGGAUGUCAGCCCGCUGGACUAUAUGCUGAGUGCCUUCCCGGAAGUCACGGAGCGGGAGGAGAUGCGCAAGAUUAUAGGUCGCUUUGGCCUCACCGGCCGCCAGCAGGUCUGCCCCAUCCGCCAGCUGUCCGAUGGCCAGAGGUGUCGCGUGGUCUUCGCCUGGCUGGCCUGGCAGGUGCCGCACCUGCUGCUGCUGGACGAGCCGACCAAUCACUUGGACAUGGAGACCAUCGAUGCUUUGGCCGAUGCCAUCAAGGAUUUCGAAGGCGGCAUGGUGCUGGUCAGUCAUGAUUUCCGUCUGAUCAGUCAGGUGGCCAACGAGAUUUGGGUGUGUGAGAAGGAGACGGUGACGAAGUGGAAGGGCGGCAUUCUGGACUACAAGGAACAUUUAAAGAAUAAGAUUGAGAAUGAGAACGAGAAUAAGGCCAGGGCGGAAAAGUAAAUGAUAUUCUGGUACAGAAGCACACUCGGGAAAACGAGAGGAAUAACGAAAACGAAUAGCAAAACGGGAACGAGAAGAAGGCCUAGGUGGGUCAGCAGACGAUGCUAUAGAAUAUAUACAUGACUC